GUUCGAUUAAUUUCAAACACAAAAGUGAAGUUAUUGUUAGGCUCUUCAACCUUCGAUCCUGACCAUGAACGUACUAACACUACCGACAAUUAAUGGUCAACACAAAGCUUAGUAGUACGGCUGUUCGUAUUUAUCGUUACUUAAUCAGGUCUCUAAUCAGUGAUCAAUUGCUUGCAUCGGGUGCUGGAAGUAUAUUGCAAACCGCGGUGGACUUCGCUGUCGAUUUUGACGGCGAGCCAACAAUCGGUCGCAACAUUUUUCAACCUAUUAUUCGAUCGGUCUUUUAAUAAUUUCCAGUUGCAGUGUCAGGAUCCGAAUUAUCAUCAGGAUGGUAAAUCACGAAGGAAACGAAGACGAAGGAAAUCCGGCUCUGGAAGAUACAAUCCUGAAGGAUGUCAAAGUAUUUGAUCAGAAAGGUGAGAUUGAACCGGACGUCGACGUCGGCAGCAUGCUGGUCCACGCUGGGGAUUUUGGAAGGUUCCAAAUACUCCUGAUGGUGCUCUUCAGCCUGGUGAACGUUCUUUCGGCUUUUCACUACUUCGCCCAGACAUUUAUCACAAUACAACCUGCCGAUUUACGGUGCCGGUCGACAAUGGAAGGCAGUACUUUAACGGAUAUUCUCAACGUCACGCAGGAACUACAAUUAGCAGAUGUUCUGAAAAUACGACCGAAGAACGGUGACAGCUGCAAGGGGUAUUAUUUAGACAUGACGGAAAUCAUCACCGAGGAAGGAAGCAUAGAAAAAUCAGUCUGGAAACUCGAAAAGUGUACGGACUUUGAUUACGACAGACAUUACGGAUACGAAAGCAUCGUCACCGAGCUAGACUGGGUCUGCAAGGAUGAUUGGAAAGCGGCGUUGGGUCAGUCGAUGUACUUUGUUGGGGCGGUUUGUGGUACAUUUAUGAUGGGCAUUGCGGCGGACAAAUGGGGCCGAGUAAAGGCGCUGAUUGCCGCCUUCCUUUUCGCCAUCCUCGGCAAUACCAUGACCAUAUUGUCAAACAGCCUGGAACUCUUCGCCGUUUCAAGGUUCAUCGCUGGGCUCGCGACCGACACGAAUUUCGUUAUGAUGUACAUAAUCGUCAUGGAGUACAUCAGACCCAGCAUGCGGACCUUUGGAUUGAACAUUUGCAUCGGUGUGUUUUACUGUCUCGGAUGUAGCGUCGUCCCUUGGCUGGCAGUUGGCUUUGAAACGUGGAGAAAAUUCUUGAUAAGCGUCUCGGUCCCGAUGGUACUGGUUCCCUUUUACUAUUUCAUCCUGCCCGAAAGCGCGUCCUGGCUCCUGACCAAAGGACGGGCUGACAAAGCACUUCAGGGCUUUCUAAGGAUCGCCAAAAUUAAUGGCAAGGUUAUUCCUGACGCUGUCGUUGCACGUUUUCAAGAGGUCCAUAAGGCCGGGGGCAAACCACCUGAGGCGAGCCUGCACGAGCUUUUUAAAACUCCGAACCUAAGACGAAAAAUCUGCAUUCUGGUGUUCAAAACGAUGACUUUGACACUUUGUUACGACGCCAUAUCGCGGAACGUGAACAUCACUGGCACCUCACCGUUCGUGAUAUUUUCCCUCGGUUCUCUCACCGUGUUUCCAGCCUGUUUAGUGAUCCUGGCAUUGCAGGACAAAAUAGGGCGGAAGGGCCUCUUCUUCAGUGCCGUUUUGUUCUCGGCAUUUCUAACGUCUAGCAGUGGUUUGAUGCAUGCAUUUCUCAAAGACGCAGCGAUACUAUCCACAGAUCUGAUGGUCCACGUGAGUAUUGGUCUAUCAGUGGCUGCAAGACUGUGCGUUGUUAUUGCUUUCAACUCCGGGUCCCAAUAUGCUGCCGAAUUAAUACCUACAGUGAUAAGAGGACGAGGAGUAGCUCUAAUUCACGUUGUUGGAUACGCCGCCAGCUUCCUUAGCCCACUUCUCUUAUAUCUAUCUACGUUUUGGCAACCGCUGCCUGAUCUUCUUCUCGGGCUGCUGUGUUUCAUCUGCGCAUCGCUCACUCUUUUAUUACCGGAAACUCUGGGACGAACACUUCCGGCAACAUUAAACGACGGCGAGGUAUUUGGCGAGGAGGAAAGACCUUUCGAUUUUGUUUGCUGCGGCGGUAGGAAGAGUCGUCGUGACGGGGAUGGAAAUCAAAACGAGCAAAAUAGCAGCACCACAUUGGAUAGAGCGUAGCAAAAUCUACCUGUCUAAAUAAAAAGAAUUUCAUCUUGAUCAUUUCAUUUCUGAAAAUAGAAAUAAGAUCGGAGACAUUGUUCCGAAAUAUUAAGGGGAGAAAGUAAGUGUACAAAAAAUAUGUGCACAAAAGAAGAAUAAAACACCUUUUGAACUUGUAUCUAUAUGUAUUAUAUUAUAAAACUCAAGUUGCCGAUUGAUGUGAAAAUAAUCGCGAGAAAUCUACGGCAGCGAUUACGAUUCGUUGAUCCAGUUAGCUAAACUGACUCAGUGACAAUUCCAGCGCGAUUGACCUUCCGAAUUGAUUACGUAUCGCGACGCAGCGCGUUUACCGUCUGCGUCGUUUCACCGUUCGCCGUUUUGGCGCGCAUGCGAAGUUCGGUUUGCUUCGUGAAGCAGAGCUGUGCUGAGGGCGAGAGGGGGGAGGAACGGGAAAAGAAGGGGAGCGCAGCGCAACCACUACACGAGAAACUGGCCAUUCCGUAUCCCACGUUGUGCUGUGUCGGAGCCCCAGGGACACGCCAAGCGUAUCUCUGCUGCGUUUGCUCCAAAAAAAAACCCAAAAUAUUAGCUGUAGUAAUAGAAACAAGAAAACUUUCACAAAAAUACUAAAUUAAUGAGUACGUA